AACAUUAGCCAUGGGGAGGAGAAAAAUUGAGAUGAAAGUGGUGGAGGAUAGCAGCUCUAGGCAGGUGACCUUCUCCAAGCGCAGGAGUGGCGUGUUCAAGAAAGCAAACGAGCUCGCCAUCCUGUGCGGCGCUGAGAUUGCCGUCCUUGUUUUCUCUCCGGGAGGUAAGCCCUUCUCGUUUGGGCACCCGAAUGUGGAGUCUAUCGCAGAUAGGUUUCUAAAUGAGGAGUGCCCUAAAUCAAAAUUUAGGGUUUCAAAGAAUGAUGAAAAAGCGGGGAGGCUUAACCAGCAACUGGAGGACAUGGACAGCCAGUUGGAGGCUGAGAAGAAAAGAGGACUUGUGCUUGACAAGGCUGUACUGAAAGCAAGGGGUUUGCCACUCAAAAGCAAACCGCCGAGCUUUCGUGAGCUGAGCCGGGCAGAUCUUCGAAAAAUGAAGGCGUCGCUGGAGGCGCUGCGCGAGACCGUGAAAGAAAGAGCCAGUGAGGUGGAGGCAUCGUCUUCGCUACUGCUCCUGGCAAAUGACAGGAGAGACUGAUAUGACUACUGUUGCUAAAAAUGACAGACCUUAAUUAGAGUUGGCGACCUUCGGGGUCUUACCCCUAACCUUCCCGGCACGUGCAAGCGACCAGUGAACCAAACCAAGGCUGAUUGCAGAUGCUGCUGCUAUUUGCCGGCGGAGAGACUGAGGAUGAGGGAAGCCUAUGUGUGUGUCUGUUUAUCGCUGUCAGAUUUUGAAUGGAAGUAUCACAAGUGACGUGGUACUAUUGUACCGUACUAUAAUUUCUUCAUAAAUAUGUGUUGUCUGCAUAAUAAGCAGACGCAAAGUCUGAAUAAAAAAAUAGUAGUGCGUAAA